AUGUCGCUCCGGCCCUUCACAAUCUGCGCGCUUCUCGCUCUUCUCGUGUGCGUAGCGGAAGCGGAGGUGACAAAAUCUGCUCUGAUCAGCGAGCUUAUGAAUGCGCGCAGGGCAAUAACGCAGAUGAAGUACCUGGGGCAGUACUCGCUCGUCGCCACCGCCAUAGAUCAAGCCCUUCCAAACAUGUACGACAUCCCCGAUGAUGAGGACCUAUCCCAAGCCGACCAAAAGACCAUUCUUCUCCCGCAGAACGCGGCGCUCGGAAAGACAAAAACUGCGGACGCGGCGGGUGAGAGAGCCGAAGGGCAACGCACGUCGGCGCGGAAUGCGCGGAAGAGAAGUGAGGCGCUCAAUGUGGGGACGCGGAAACCGCGGAGUACUGGCAUUGGCGCUCUGGCUCCUGGCGGAAGCGUGCUCUUUUCCCUGUUGGCGCACCACGCGGAAAGCGCAGCGGCGCAUCUUCCGCCGCGCGCCGCGGAUGGCAGCAGUGAUCCGCAGAGACGGGCGGAGCGCGACUCUGAAUCCGCGGAGGAGGAGACUGUCGGGCGAUUGGGGGAGAUGGAAGCGGAACUUCAAGUCGAGGGGGGGAGUUCUGGAGUGGCGGAAAAGAGGGGGGGAGCGGUAGGAAGGGAAAGAGGUGGCGGGGAAAUGGUACUAACGGGCGGAUUGGGAGGGGGGGAAGGGGAGGGAACAGAUGAUACAACUGAAAUUCAGAAGGAAUGGGGCUAUGCCAUAUCCUUCGAGCAGAAGAAGCAGCAGCUCAGGGCGCUCAAGGCGCAGGGCCGCUGCAACGACCACCCCAAGCUCUUCCGCAAGUGGCUGUGGGAGAGCGCCUUCCAGGAAGGUUCCCUUGCGUGGGUGCCUCAGCCCGGGAAGUACAUUCUCAUGGAUUGCCAGAGGAGCCAGGCGAGCAACCGCAUAGGGUGCAUUCGGCGGCAUCUGCUGCUAGCAGGCAUGCUCAAUCGUACCCUCGUGGUGCCCUUAAAGCCCGAUGAAGUUUCCCGCUUCUACGACCGCCGCACCUUCCUGCAUCUGCCACACCUGCACCGCUGCUACGGGCCCCGCUCUGCCAUCCCGCUCCAGCAGCUUCAGGAGGAGGUUCGGGGGGCAGCGGUGAACGGGGGCAGUAUGAGUGCAGCAGCGGCGGGACGAGGGAAAGGAGGUGCAGGAGGCGGCGAGAGAGGAGGCAGGCCAUGGGCGAGCAAGCCUUCCAUGCUUCCGGAGCUAGAGGGCGUGGUAUACCACAACAUGACGUGGACUACCCUCAACAUGCCUCUCUCCCACAUGUUCUCUCUCUCCGAUCUUCGUGCCCUGGAAAGCUCCCUCCUGCCGACCACUGAUGUUGUGCUGUUUGGAGACUCCUACCAGUGGAACCUUUACGGAAACCUCUCGAAGAGCGUGGGGCUGCCGUUUGGGGGUAGUGGUGGUGGUGGAUCAAAGGGUGGAGAGU